AUGAGUAGAAAGCCUAGACGUCAUAAUGAAACCAAGUCAACCCCAGACAAUGGUAGUGAUGGUAUAGACCUUUUCCCUUUCACUACAGAGGAUUGUAUGGAGCCACAGAAAAUCAUUGAUUUAUUUGAAGUUUGUUUUAAACAUGUUUUAGAAAGUCCCGAUUUACAGGAACAUAUUCAAGUUGUCAAGGGUGAUCUAUACAAUCGAGAUUAUCUAGCAGCAUUCAAUAAUGACGAUAACAGAUUUGCCUAUGCAUGCAGAUGGUCGCCUGCCAGAGCAUUGGCUUAUAGUUCUGUUCUAGCAUCAUUGGAACCCAUCAAAACUCUAUUAGAAGACCCAGAAACAGUCAGAAAUGUGCUAUGUGUUGGAGGUGGUGCCUCUUCUGAGUUGGUUGCCUUGGGAUCUGUUUUUUGUCGAUUGAAAGAGUAUCAUCCUAAUUCACCUUCACAAUUAAAUAUCAAAUUAAUUGAUAUCGCCGAUUGGUCAAAAGUGGUUAGUAAUCUCACAACAUACAUGAAGGACAGUUGGGUUUAUCAUUCUGAAAAAUUAAAUUCCCAAUUCAUUUGCGAUGACAUCUUAACUUCUUCCCCUGAAUCAUUAAACUUAGAAUCGUUGGAUUUGAUAACGUUACUAUUCACAACCAAUGAAUUGUUUGCAGAAAAAAGAAAGGAAACCAUCAAGUUUCUACAAUUAUUGAACAGUAACUGUCGACAAGGAAGUUUGCUAUUGAUUGCAGAAAGUGCUGGCUCUUAUUCCCAUAUAAAGAUAGGUGAUAAAAACUUCCCUGUACAAUUUUUAAUUGAUACAAUUCUUGUUGGAAAGCCGGGUCUGAAUAACGGUUCCUGGGAAAUUAUAAGCCAAAGCGAUAGUUCUUGGUAUCGUAUAAAUCAGAAAGAAGUGGAUUAUCCUAUGAAAUUAGAAAAUAUGAGAUUCUUCUAUAGAUUAUAUAUCAAAAAAUAG